GGUGUCGGGGUCACGUGUAGGGGGAAGCGGGGGACUCCCGGCGGGAGUCGGGGCCGGGGAUCCGCUUGAACCCCGCCGGGAGUUCUGGAGGUGCCACGUGCGACGACGGCCGGCCACCCCGGCGUUUGAAAUAUUGCCCGAGUGACCAGGGAGCGGGCAGCUGGCUUCCGAAGGGAGUCGAGCGGACGCUCCGGGAGCGCGUUCUCGCAGUGAGGGCAGGUGACAGAUGCUGGGAAAAUAAAGGGCUUUUAUAACGAAGAUGUUGAGAAGUCACCCAGGCAGCAGAAUUCCAUCUGGAAAGGAAAUGGAUUCCUAGUAGUCCCGACAUCAAGUUUAAAGUUGUCACUGGGCUGGUCCAUUCUGUCCCAUAAGAGCAGACCUUUGAGAAGGUUUUAUCUUCAAAGAGAAGAAACAGUGUGGAAACCAUGAAGAAACGGACGCGGAGACGGAAAGGGAAAGGUUUGUCUUUUAAGUCUGCUGACUGGCUCCCAGAAGAGAAGAAGCCCCACAUCCCGGAACCUGUGACGUUGGAGGACGUCACCAUUGUCUUCACAGAGGCAGAGUGGACGGGACUGAGCUCUGAGCAGAAGCAUCUGUACAAGGAGGUGAUGCUGGAGAUUUACGAGAAUCUGCUCUCAUUGGCAGAAACACAGCAAGAAAACUCCUCCUAUUCCUCCCGCCUCUUACAUAUCCCUUGUGAGCAAGUCCUCAGCCAACGUCUGCUUCAAGUGUCCCAAGGCUUGUGUGGUGCACAUCGCUUCCAUCCCCAGAAGGGUUCCAGCCCAGCGCCUCAGAAACACCCCGAGCCGCAGGAUUCCGGACAGAGCUACUGGAAGGCAAACGCUGAGAGUCAGGAGAGAGACAUCACCCCUGAGCGGUUGUGUUUGAGGACAGCGGGCAGAGAGACUUCAGUGGUUUCCUCCAGUCCACCCCAGAAAGAGUCAGCAAUCCCUAGAGAAGGCCACACAGUGGUAGGUCGGCAGCCCAAUUCACCCCCAAGAGUUUCGUCUAUGCGAAAAAAUGGAGUCUUAAAGGAAUUGGAUACUUCAAGGUUUGGAUCAGCCACCCAUAGAGAGAACGGACCAGACUGUGACCAUGAGGCAAAUGUCAACAGAGGACAGAGUUCCGUUCUACAGGAGAAGCCCCAUGUGUGCAAGGAGUGUGGGCAAGCCUUUCGCUGGCAGUCAAGACUCAUUAGACACCAGGAAACUCACAACGGGAAAAAACCACAUGUGUGCCAGGAGUGUGGGCGAGCUUUUAAGUGGAAGUGCGGUCUCAAGACUCACCAGAGAAGACACACUGGGGAAAAGCCACAUGUGUGCCAGGAGUGCGGACGAGCCUUUCUUUGGCCAUCAGAUCUCAUUCUUCACCAGAAAAGACACACUGGGGAAAAGCAGUAUGUGUGCCAGGAUUGUGGGCGAGCCUUUGCUUUGAAGUCGCAACUUACCAUGCACCAGAAAAGGCAUUCCGGGGACAAGCCACAUGUGUGCAGGCAGUGUGGUCGUGCUUUUUGGCUAAAGUCACAGCUUAGCAUGCACUACAAAACACACACUGGUGAAAAUCCACAUGUGUGCCAGGAGUGUGGGCGAACCUUUGUGUUGAAGUCAUACCUUAGCAUGCACCAGAAAGGGCACUAUAGAGAAAAGUCACAUGUGUGCAAGGAGUGCGGGCGAGCCUUUCUUUGGCAUUCAGCUCUUACUCACCACCAGAAAAGACACGCUGGCGAAAAGCAGCACGUGUGCCCCGAGUGUGGGCGGGCCUUUAAGUGGAAAUCGGGUCUCAAGACUCACCAGAAAAGACACGCUGGCGAAAAGCCACAUGUGUGCGAGGAGUGUGGGCGGGCCUUUGUUUUUAAGUCCGAGCUCACCACACACCAGAAAAUCCACACUGCAGAAAAUCCACUUGUGUGCGAGGAGUGUGGUAAAACCUUUCUUUGGAAAUCAAAUCUCAGUCAGCACCAGAAAAGACACACGGGAGAAAAGACACAUGUGUGUCGGGAGUGUGGGCGAGCCUUUGUUUUUAAGUCCCAGCUCACCACACACCAGAAAAGACACUCUCGGGAAAAACCACAUGUGUGCCCAGAGUGUGGACGAGGCUUUCUCUGGCGAUCAGAUCUCAUUUACCACCAGAAAAGACACACGGGGGAAAAGCAGCACGUGUGCCCGCAGUGUGGGCGAGCCUUUCGGUGGAAAUCAAGUCUCAGGACUCACCAGAAAAGACACUCUGGAGACAAGCCACAUGUGUGCAAGCAGUGUGGGCAAGGCUUUCUUUUUAAGUCAUUGCUUAUCAUGCACCAGAAAAGACACUCUGGGGGCAAGCCAUCUGUGUGCAGGUAGGUGGGCAAGGCUUUAUUUGGAAGUCACAGUUCAUGACAACUCAAAAAAGGCGCUUCAAAAAAGUCAUCAUGUGUGAAUGGAGUGUGGGCGAGCAUUGAGGCGCAGAUGUCAAAACUUUGUGACCACCGGAGGAUCCACUUUGGGGACAAACUACAUGUGGUAACAAAAGGCAUCAUUUCUCAAACUUUUAAAACGGGGCCAGUUCACUGUCCCUCAGACCCAUUGGAGGUCCAGUUUUUAAAAAACUGAA